AUGUCGGACCGAGGAAGAUCACGCACACCCAAAUCACUCACCCCAUCACCAUCCCCAACUGCUCGAAGACGUCCCUUGUCUCCUUCAAGAUCUAGAUCAAGAUCAAGGUCAUACACACGAAGUAGAAGUAGAUCACCUAGAAAAACCAAUGGUACCAAUAGUAAUGCUAAGGAUACAGGGUUGAAGGUGAUUGUGGUCUCUGGGUUAAGUAAAAAUGUGAUGAGAGGUCAUUUGGAGGAGAUAUUUGGAGAGUAUGGGAGGAUUACGGGUGUGGAUCUACCUGUCUUCAAAGUUUCCGGCUUGAAUCGUGGAAAAGCAGCGAUUGAAUUCGCUCAGUCAUCCGAUGCUGCGUUGGCUGUCAAGAACAUGAAUGGUGGUCAAUUAGAUGGUUCAUUCUUGAACGUACAAAUAUCCGAACAUCCACUACCGGCUCCCAGACCACCUUCUCCACCUAUACGUCGACGACGUUCCCUCUCCAGAUCAAGAAGUAGAUCACCCCCACCCCGACGUCGACGAUCACCAUCAUACUCCCGAAGUCGAAGUAGGUCACCACCCCGACGAAGAAGUUUCAGACGAAGGUCGUUAUCUAGAUCGCGUUCGCCCUCUAGGGGAUAUAGGGGAGGUAGAGAUUCGUACGUGCCUCGAGGUGGUGGUUAUGGGGGACGUGGACCUGGACCUCGAGGUCCUCCACCUCCACCAAGAAGGGAUAGAAGUCCUCUGAUCGUGCGUAGACCAGGAGAGAGGGGUGCUCCUCGAAGACCUUCACCUGAAUAUGGGAGAGGUGCGAGAAGUAUCUCAAGGAGUAGAAGCCGAUCAUAUUCCAGAUCUAGGUCUAGGAGUUAUUCUUCGAGGAGUAGGAGUCCGGUCAGAAGGAAGAGAUAUACGCCCAACAGUAGUAGGAGUAAAUCAAGGUCAAAAUCGAGAAGUAUGAGUAUAGAUUCGAGGUCGAGAAGUAGAAGCAGGAGUAUGAGGAGUGUCAGUCCAAGGAAGUAA